UUUUUUUUAUUUUUUUUCUAGCCCUGUUCCCUGCUCUGACACGUCUGCACUGAGUGAGUGGCAUUGGCACACUGUCAAUCGCUCACUACCGCUGCCAUCAAACAACAUAAAACACACACAGGCAGAGGCUGGAGCUCAUAAAUUUCAGCAGGGCUACAGAUUUUUUUGCGCAUCGCCUUUCCACAGCGUUGUGUCCUCAUUAAUUUCUUCUACAUUUUUUAAACAACUUUUUUUUUUUUUACAUUUCAUAUUUUUUAUAGUCACAUUUGGACACCUUACGCGGCAGAUUGUGUAUAUUUUUUAAUCCUGUCAGUUGUCGCGGGAAUCAUUUCUGCACAUUUAUAGUUGGCAACACCUGCAAGAUUUUUUUGUAUUUGUUUACACGUUUCCACAUUGGAUAUUUUUGCUUGCCGGUGCUUCUCGAGGAGGAUUUGGACAUUUUUUUUUUUUUUUUUUUUUGGUUGGAGAGGAAAUGCGCCGGGAAUCCCACGAAGAGCGCUAAUAAAUGAGAGAUCACCAGGAGCGUUUCUGUCUCUAGCAGCCGUCAAAUCCACGAGAAAAGACAGAUUGGCACGAGGAUCCGCGCGGGGAAAAACGAUGGACCGGCAAUUUUGACGAAGAAGUCUUCAAAGAAGAUUUACGCGUUUUUCUACCACGCGUUUUGGCACUUUGGACCGCGCGUAAAAUAGCGAGAGGACAGCGAGAACUUGGACACAGAUUCACGCCAAAAAACAUCCCUGCUCGGUGUUGAUUUUUCAAAGAAAAUACACGCGUGUGCGCUGAAUCGCUGAAGAAUCCCACAGCCGUACAUCCCUCCAGUCUGCGGCACAUGUUGUAGCCCAUUUCGUAUAUGAGUUUUUCAAUUUGUUUGGCUCAGUGCACAGACUCUUUAGCGGCCACCAUGGACGAUCAAGCCCGGAUCAUGCAGCCGAUCGGCGGUGUGAGUCUGGCCGGCCACUCGGUACAAGGAGGCAUGGCACUGCCGCCUCCACAUGGACACGAUGGGACGGACGGAGACGGAAGAAAGCAAGACAUCGGUGACAUUCUGCAUCAAAUCAUGACCAUAACUGAUCAGAGUCUGGACGAGGCGCAAGCAAAAAACAGGAAACAUGGACUGAACUGUCACAGAAUGAAACCAGCACUCUUCAGCGUUCUCUGUGAAAUCAAAGAAAAAACAGGUCUCAGCAUCCGUGGAGCCCAGGAAGAGGACCCUCCGGACCCCCAGCUCAUGCGUUUAGACAACAUGCUGCUGGCAGAGGGCGUGGCGGGGCCAGAAAAAGGUGGCGGAUCGGCGGCCGCAGCAGCUGCAGCAGCAGCCGCUGGCGGGGCGGGCGAUAACUCCAUUGAACAUUCCGACUACAGAGCCAAACUCACCCAGAUCAGACAGAUCUACCACACAGAGCUAGAGAAAUAUGAGCAGGCGUGUAACGAAUUCACAACCCACGUGAUGAACCUGCUGAGGGAACAGUCCCGCACGCGGCCCAUCUCCCCCAAAGAGAUCGAGCGUAUGGUGGGAAUCAUCCACCGUAAGUUCAGCUCCAUCCAGAUGCAGCUGAAACAGAGCACCUGUGAGGCUGUCAUGAUCCUGCGCUCCAGAUUCCUUGAUGCCAGGCGGAAAAGGAGAAACUUCAGCAAGCAGGCGACGGAAAUUUUGAACGAAUAUUUCUACUCACACCUCAGCAACCCGUACCCGAGCGAGGAGGCCAAAGAGGAGCUGGCUAAGAAGUGCAGCAUCACAGUUUCCCAGGGGGUGGGAAGCACCAUCACAGUAUCACAGGUAUCCAACUGGUUUGGCAACAAAAGGAUCCGGUACAAGAAAAAUAUCGGCAAGUUUCAGGAAGAAGCCAACCUGUACGCCGCCAAGACCGCCGUAAACGCGGCGCAUGCUGCAGCCGCUGCAGUGCAGAACAGCCAGGCCAACUCCCCUACCACACCCAACUCCGGCUUCCAGAUGAAAGAUGAAGAGUUUCAGCUGGAUUCUGCCGAGAGCAAAAACACUCUUUUAACCAACAUGUUUACUGGUGGAUACCCUGCACCAUGUUAUCAGUCAGACGGCAGGAUACAAUGAUGCUCUGGGGGGCAACACCAUGUACAGUCCACAUGGCUUAAAUGCUAAUGGAGGGUGGCAAGAUGCAACGACUCCGUCUUCUGUGAUAUCUCCAACAGAAGGACCAGGAAGUGUGCACUCCGAUACCUCGAAUUGAUCCGCUAUUAAUGCAUCUGCGCCUCCAGAUGGGCAAAUGGACUCUUUUAACAAAAAAAAAAAAAAAGACUUUUCAAGACGGAUUUGUUUCCCUGUACCUUCAAAAGUUCAUACAAUUACAGUUUGACAUCAUCCAUCAUUAAGUGUUUCCUGAUUGUUCAGUGAUUUUUUUCUGUCUUCAAAAAUCAUCACGCUCUGUUUGUUUGUUGUAGGGGUAAGCACACACACAUGUACAAACAACAAACAGCUAACUUUACAGAUCUGGACUUUGAACACAAGAUGACGCUCCUUUCAGAGUCAUUCAUGGCACUUUUAUUUGCUUAAUUCUUGAUUUAAUUACUGCUUUCCACUUUGAUAAUUGCAUUCUCUUUCAGGUCAUACCACACAUAGAUUAAAGCAGCUGUUUCUUUGACUGUAAUGCGCUCGCAAUCUUGUCCAGCAACUCAACAAUGCUACGGCUGACAGCUUCAUGGCAGCUUUGUAGUUCCUUUCAAGAUUUAUUUUUGCCUUACAGCUGUAUACAUUAGUCCAUGGAAAUCACUAUUCAAAGUCUGCAACAUAAAAGAGUGUAAUUGAUUGCUUGACUUUAACAUGACAUCGUUCCAUAUUUUAUAAUUUGAUGUUUAGUAUGUACAUAUGUAAACAUUUUUUUUGUACUGCUUAUCAAACAAACCCCCCAACAACAGUAGAUCAUCCCGUCAUGCACGGCACGCAGGAGCCGGCCCCCGUUACACAGGAAAAGUUGUACAUAAUAUAGCUUAAGAGUAAUUAUACAUCCCACCAAUCAAUACGCAGCUUUAUUACCUCAUUCCAGUUCAUACACACCGAUAAUUUCCAACAUUUCUGUAGCUUAGAGUGCUCACUUACUACCUCUAAACAGCAUCACCACCACACUUUGUUUUGCUCUGAUUUAAUGUUUUUCUGUAGUUACUUUGACUCCAUCUUGUAACACUGUAAACUCUUCAUUCUCUAUGUAAUCUAAUGUAUAUUUUAAUCUUUUAAUAAAAUGCCGUGGCUGCACACGGCGACGUAAAAUGACAAAAAUAAAAAACUGAUAACAAUAUUAAUACCAUGACAAAU